UAAAAAGAAAGCCAUCGCAGAGGGGGGAGAGAGAGAGAGAGACAGUGCUGUAACAGGAGUGGGGUCGGGAGGGGAAGGGAGGGGAGGUGCCGCGAGCCCGCACCAGGAGUACGUGCAGUCACACACCUCGACACACGCCUCCUCCUCCUCCUCCUCCUCCUCCCGAGGACGCGCGGCAAGUGCAGCACCUGCUCCAUCGCUGCGCUCGAGCCGCCCCUGAGGUCGGUCCCGGCUGCGGCUGCGGAGUCGGAAAAUAACGGUCGCUCAGCUCGGGGGCCGCGAGAUGAGGGCGACGAGGACCGUCCCCGCCGCGGCGGCGCUCGCUGCCGCCUUCAGCCUGUGCUGCCUCCCCGCUUCCCACAGCGACAUUUCUGUCCAGUUGACGGGAGUCUUGGAUGACUGCUUCUGUGAUAUAGAAAGCAUUGAUGUCUUUAACAGCUACAAGAUCUUCCCUAAAUUACUAAAACUGCAAGAAAGGGACUACUUCAGAUAUUACAAGGUAAAUUUAAAAAGACCGUGUCCUUUCUGGACAGAUGAUGGACACUGCUCCAUUAAGGACUGCCACGUGGAGCCUUGUUCUGAGAGUGAGAUACCCAUCGGGAUUAAAGCUGCCAAUUUCAACAAAUAUUCUGAGGAAGCAAAUACAGUAAAAGAGCUGAAAGACUGUGAAGAGGCAAAUAAGCUUGGAGCAGUCAACAGCACACUGAGUAAUCAAACCAAAGAGGCUUUCAUUGAUUGGGCAAGAUAUGAUGAUGCACAGGACCACUUUUGUGAACUUGACGAUGAAUUUUCUCCUGAUGCAGAAUAUGUGGAUCUCCUCCUGAAUCCAGAACGCUACACUGGAUACAAGGGAUCAUCAGCCUGGCGAGUGUGGAACAGUAUCUAUGAAGAGAAUUGCUUCAAGCCUCGUUCUGUAUAUCGCCCUCUUAAUCCCCUGGCACCCAUCAGAGGUGAUGAUGAAGGUGAAUCAUUCUACAACUGGUUGGAAGGUCUUUGUCUUGAAAAGAGGGUGUUUUAUAGAUUGAUUUCUGGACUGCAUACAAGCAUUAAUGUGCAUCUCUCUGCAGAAUAUCUCCUUGAUGAUGUAUGGGGAAGAUCUAGAUGGGGACCAAAUGUAAAAGAAUUCCAAAAUCGGUUUCAUCCUACCAAUACGAAAGGGGAAGGACCCAGAAGGUUGAAGAACCUGUAUUUCUUGUACUUAAUUCAGUUGCGAGCCUUGUCCAAAGUAGCUACAUAUUUUGAACGUUCGAUCGUGGAUCUUUAUACUGGGAAUCUGACUGAAGACACUGUUACCAAGAAACUGUUGCUGGAGAUUUUCAAUGAGACCAAAUCAUUCCCGAUGCACUUUGAUGAGAAAUCCAUGUUUGCGGGCGACAAGAAAGAGGCUAAAACACUGAAGGAGGAAUUCAGGCUCCAUUUCAAAAAUAUCUCUCGUAUAAUGGAUUGUAUUGGAUGUGACAAGUGCAGAUUAUGGGGAAAGCUGCAGACUCAAGGUUUGGGCACUGCUCUGAAGAUUUUAUUUUCAGAACGGGAAAUCCAGAGUCUUCCCGAGAACAGUCCAUCGUCAGGCUUUCAGCUCACUCGUCAGGAAGUUGUUGCUCUUCUGAAUGCAUUUAGCAGGUUGUCAAAUAGUAUACAAGAAUUGCAAACCUUCAAAAUGCUGUUGAAAAACAAGAGGUAACAAAUGCUGUCGGGAGCUACAAUGGCAGGUGCUUGUAGGAUUGUAGGAUUGCCCCAAAUAUUGGCAUUCACCAGAAUUUCAGACUCUUCAGGGAUUCGUAACUGUUAGAAAUGUUACAGUGUAGAAUUGUCUUGAACUUCAUUCAUCAAAAUAUUGAUAAUCCGAACAAAAGGUGAUCUACACUGUUCUGUUUCCUGGUGUUGAUGAACACAUUUUACAUUUCUGAAUCGCUUGUUCCUUCACUCUCUUUAACAUUUUGUUCAGCAACCUAAUUUAAGUGAAGUGCUCUGAAAGUGGCUUAUUGUUGCUACCCAAAUUGUGGUGUUCGUUGUUUGCCUUUUUUUGGAUUAUUUACGUUUUGUUUGAAUUCAAUGAUAACCAAAUGUCUCAGUUGAAAAAAUAUAAAAGUAUAUACAUUUGUGAUUAUUUGUCUGCACUGAUGUUCUGUUAAUUGUUUUUUUUUUCGAACUCCUAUGGCUUUGGGGUUUCUGUGGCUUCACAGAGCUUCUGUUACACACCAUCCAUCAUCAGUUUUACAUACUGAAGAUUCUGAUCUGAAUGGCUGAAUUAAAUUAUAAUUAGCUUGUCAGCAUGAACAGAGUGCAUGCAUUUUGCAGACUCUGAAUCCUUUCCAAUGUAAAACAAAAGCCCAACCUAUUCAUUUAAUCUAAUUGUAUAAUCUCUACAUUGCAAGUCACCUGAUUACAUGACAGUUUUGUAAUGAAUAAAAGCAAUUUAUUGGAAAAUGUAUUGCAGUUUCUGCAAAAUGAGCUGAUAGUAUAUCUCACUCGUGUUUAAUUGUACACUUGAAACCUGUGGGGAAAUAAAGCAGUUUUUAAUGUUUAACUUAAAGGGGUUGUAAAUCUACUGCAGGAAAGCUCUAUUAAUGAGUUAAAAAAAGGUUCUUUGAAAUUGCCUCUUCAAAUUUACUUAAUCUGUGUAAGCAAAUCCUUCAGACUAUAUUUCACACACCAAAAUUCUACAUUUUAUAAUAUUGUUUUCUUGAGCAAUAGUUAGCUUUUCUGAAUGUUUUUCCUGUUACUUAUGUUUUGUGAAUCACUUCCAAUAACUGUUUAUUUCAUAUUUAAAUAUUCUGAAUCAAGCAGAAACUCUGGUCUGACCUCACCUGUUAAUGUAUGUGAUAGACAAUGUCUUGAGGAAAAUGGUGAUGUGUGUGCAUAAUACAAGUAGACGUUAGAGCAAGUUUUUUCAUAAAAAUCUUUCACAAGUAACAAGGUGAUUAUAAUUCCUUUCCAAAACUGUACUUAUUGCUUUAAGCUUGUGUUGAAACAUUUCAUGUUUAAUUGUUAUGAAACAUUUUUAAUCCCUGUGUUGCUGACAAGAGGAAGUUUCUUGGUGCGAAAAUGUCUGGUUCACAUGGUCAAAGUAUUUGUGUUGAAUUUACUCUAAAAUGUCAAGAUCUAUGCUUGAUGUGUAUGUAUCCUUCUCCUUACUCAAAUUUGUAAGUGGAGACUUUUUACCCAUGGCAGAUACAAGUUUGCACUUACAACAACAAAAUUACAUUUAGAGGCCUUUCACGUUGGGAGGAUGUC